AUGCAGGGGGCUAGCCCGAGAGCUGAAGACGAAGGGGCAUUCACAGAUUCGCCGAUCGGGUCAGCCAAAAGAAGCAACACGCGAAAAUAUGGAUCUUUGAACCAGAACAAAUCGCUGAGACUCAAUAAAAGAGCCGAAGCCUCCAAACUGAGACCCAGCAAUGACAAAUCACAGAACGAGUCCAUCUUGGAACAGACCAGCGAGCUCACCUCCACAUUCCUGAGAAUCCGCAAAAGACUAAUGACGGAUCUGAAUAUUGAUCCCGAGCUGACACACCAGAAAUUUGAACUUGAUCAGCGAAAUGAGGAGACCAAAACGUUCGAAAACUGGCACAUCUCUGAGGCAACGCGAAACAGGGCGGAUCGGGUGAGAAUAGCCCUGACGCUGUACUAUACCAACAUCCAGAAGAAUCUGGCGAUAUAUCACCCCGAUGAGAAAAACUUGGGAACCAAAUAUCCUGGUGUUGAGGGAGUGUACAAUCCGCUACAGGUGAUCCGCAAUCGCAAGAUCAGAAAGAGACAUAAAGAGAGGUUUGACGAGUUGGAUGUGAACAUAGUUCCGUCUCCGUCCCAGGUUUUCAGCAAGUACAAGCACCACAGACUUACGUGGCAGGUGAACUUAAAGGAGCAUUUGGAAGAUCUUCAUUGGAGAGAACAACAUUGGGCCGAACUGAAGGACCACAAUGGCAAGACGUGGUUCCCGCAAGAGAAGAGCUCCAGGUUCCACCAUCGCCAUGGCCACCAUAAUAGCCACACUUACAGUACCAGAGAAACCGGUGAUUCGGCCCCAGAGUAUGGCAGGAGGAUGCACGAGCAACUAUUCGCCGAUUUUGACGGGGCAAGUGCAUUUGCACGCGACGAGGACCAUUCGAGAAGUACCAGUCUAGUAUCUUCGGUAGGUAAAAGCUCCCAGGACGAUCCACAACCGCCGAAAUCCAACAGUCUUGUUUCGUUAUUUGCAAAAGCAGGCCAUGCAAGCCGACCUUCGAGAAACGAAAGGUCCAGCAGUAAGCAUAGGAGACUUUCCAAGUCUCCUAUGGGGCCUCCGGUGUUGAUACCCUCUUCCAAUAGCUCCAAAAUGGACCUCACCGAACCGAUAUUGUUUAAGAUUGAACCACCUCCGUCACCAUCUAUACCACCAGCGUUGCCAGAAACAAAGCAAAUCAAAUUCGAGCACGUUGAACAACGGAAAUCCACAGACUCUUCCAUGAACGAUGAGCUGGACGUUCAGGUGAAGACGCUGAAGAAGCUGCAGGCUUCAGUUCAGGUAUAUGAGAACUACAUAGACACUCAGCAUGAGGUGUUGAACCUGAAGUUUGACAAGAUAUCAAGGUUGGUAGCCUCAAAGACUCGGGAGUGCAACGAGAAUUACACCCGCUUAGAGAGAAACGUCAUCCGCGAUUUCGAGGUGUUCUUCCAAAACAGAUUUAAGGAUUCCGACGAGCACAAAAGGUUUCUCAGCACCAAGUACGAGAGAAAGCUGGACUAUCUGCUUUCGCUGGCAGACCGUACCAUCGGUGACAUAAGCACCAGUGUGACAUUAGACGUGAGAAGACUGAAUGAAAGAGUUGACAAGUUUGGAAACAACCUCGGUGUCUUGAGCUCUGAUGACAUGGGAAUGAAUCUUGCAUACAAGUUCUUGGAGAACUUGAUCGUGCUUAGUUUAUGGGUCAUCUGGGUCUUCGUGAGCUCGUACCGCGUUGUGAAAAAGAUCCUCAUGAUGAUUAUCAUGGUCUUGGGAUGGGCCUUCUGCUGA